AUGAAAGUUCCAGAAAUUACGGCUCCAUCUACAAGUAAGCUCUACUUUUUAAAGGAGGUAUAUUAUGGUUUUAGACCAAAUCCUCCACAAUUUAGACCAGAACACUAUCCCGAUUUGACAGGAAAGACAGCAAUUGUCACUGGUUGCAAUACUGGUAUAGGGAAGUAUGUUUUGGAACUAUUAUACCAAAAAAAUUGUCGCAUCAUUUGUGUGGUAAGGACUCAAGAAAAGGGGGAACAAGCUAAAAAUGAAAUUAUAACAGCUAAUCCAGAUUCUAAUGGUGCAAUUGAUAUAGUUGGUGGUUGUGACUUCCUAGAUUUUGAAAAAGUUGUAAUAGCGGGCAAAAAAAUUAGUGAAUUAUUGGAUCAAACAAGUAGUGGUGCAUUAAAUAUUGUUAUUCAUAACGCUGGAUUAACAUGGUUAGUGGCCCCAAACAGCCCUAAAUCAUCUGUACAGAAUUAUGAAGCUAUGUAUCAAACAAAUGUACUGGGCCCACAACUAUUACAGCAUUUCAUUGAUCCAUAUUUAUUAAAGGAAGAUGACAUAUCUUUGAAAAGAUUAGUAUGGGUAAGUUCUGCUGCCCAUUUCUUCACACCUGAACCUUAUGGUAUUUAUUGGGAUGAUCCAGGGUUUAAAAAUACUCCCUUGGAGCAACGUCCAAAGGGGAUGAAUUUGUAUGGUCAAUCGAAGACAUAUAAUAUUUAUCAAGCACAAGCAUGGUAUGAUAUUCACAAAGAACAAGCAGAUAAGAUCGGUUGUGUAUCUACUUCCUGUUAUCCAGGUAAUUUAAGUACUGACAUGUCGAGAGCUUGGUGGCCACCAUUUGUCACAGCUGCCAAAUUAGUUGUGUGGGAUGGUGUCUAUGGAGCUUACUCUGAAUUGUAUUGUGCUUUAUCGUCAACUUUAACUUCAAAGGAUUCCGGUUCAUAUAUUGUACCGUUCGGUGAAAUCCAUGAUCCAAGAGAAGAUGUGAAAGCAGCAUUAACUAAUGGUAUCUCAAGAGAAGUAUGGAAAUUCUGUGAGGAACAAAUCUCCGAAUACAUACCAUAG